CGCGCGCCGAGGCGGUUCCGGUGUGGGAGCGGCCCGGGCUGGGGGCUGAGGCGGGGUCGCGCCCGGCCGAGGCCAUGCUGUGCACAGCUCUGGUCAUGGCUGGCAGCCUGGCUCUCACCACGGCCGUGGUUGCCCACGCCUAUUACCUGAAGCACCAGUUCUACCCCACCGUGGUGUACCUCACCAAGUCCAGCCCCAGCAUGGCCGUGCUGUACAUCCAGGCCUUUGUGCUGGUCUUCCUGCUGGGCAAGUUCAUGGGCAAGGUGUUCUUCGGGCAGCUGCGGGCGGCUGAGAUGGAGCACCUCCUGGAGCGCUCGUGGUACGCGGUGACCGAGACCUGCUUGGCCUUCACCGUCUUCAGGGACGACUUCAGCCCGCGCUUCGUGGCCCUCUUCACCCUCCUCCUCUUCCUCAAGUGCUUCCACUGGCUGGCUGAGGACAGGGUGGAUUUUAUGGAGAGGAGCCCGAACAUCUCGUGGCUCUUCCACUUCCGCAUCGUCUCCCUGAUGCUGCUGCUGGGGGUGCUGGACCUGCUGUUUGUGAGCCAUGCCUACCACAGCAUCCUGACCCGCGGCGCCUCCGUGCAGCUCGUCUUCGGCUUCGAGUACGCCAUCCUGCUGACCAUGGUGCUGACCAUCUUCAUCAAGUACGUGCUGCACUCCAUCGACCUGCAGAACGAGAACCCCUGGGACAACAAGGCCGUGUUCAUGCUCUACACCGAGCUGCUCACUGGGCUGAUCAAGGUGCUGCUCUACAUGGCCUUCAUGACCAUCAUGAUCAAGGUUCACACCUUCCCGCUCUUCGCCAUCCGCCCCAUGUACCUGGCCAUGAGGCAGUUCAAGAAGGCCGUGACCGACGCCAUCAUGUCCCGCCGGGCCAUCCGCAACAUGAACACGCUCUACCCCGACGCCACGGCCGAGGAGCUGCAGGCCAUGGACAACGUGUGCAUCAUCUGCCGCGAGGAGAUGGUGACAGGGGCCAAGCGCCUGCCCUGCAACCACAUCUUCCACACCAGCUGCCUGCGCUCCUGGUUCCAGCGGCAGCAGACCUGCCCCACGUGCCGCAUGGACGUGCUGAGAGCCUCGGCACCGGCACCGGCACCGGCAGCGCCCGAGGCACCGGCACCGGCACCCGCGGGGGGGGCGGCGGCGGCGGGGGGGGCGCAGGGACCCCACAACUUCCCCCAGGGGCUCCUCCCUCCCUUCCCCCCGGGCAUGUUCCCGUUCUGGCCGCCCGUGGGGCCGUUCCCGCCCGUGCCCGGAGCGCAGCCCCCGCCCGGGGCUGGAGCUGGAGCUGGAGGUGGAGCCGAGGGCGCGGCCAGCACGGCCGGCAGCGCUGCCGGUUCCCGUGCCGGUGACGCCGGUGCCGGUCCCAGUUCUGGUUCUGGUGCCAGUUCAGUGCCGGAACCGGGCGCUGCCGGGGCCGUGCCGGGGCUGCCACUGCCCCCACCCUGGGUGGGGAUGGCCUGGCCACCCCUGUUCGGGUCUGUGCCCCUCCCCAGGCGUGCCCCCCCCAUGCCGGUGCCCCCCGCCGGCUUCGCGGGGCUGACGGAGGAGGAGCUGCGGGCGCUGGAGGGGCACGAGCGGCAGCACCUGGAGGCGCGGCUGCAGUGCCUGCACAACAUCCACACGCUGCUGGACGCGGCCAUGCUGCAGAUCAACCAGUACCUGGGCGUGCUGGGCGCCAUCGGGACCCCCCGAGCCGCCCCUCGGCCGCCCCCCCCCCGUGAGGCCCCCCCAGAGGAGCCCCCGGCCCCAGGACCCUCGGGAGCCACUGGAGCCACUGAGCCGGCGCCCCCCGAGGAUGAGGAGGACGAAGGCCCCGAGCCCCCCGAGGGCCCCGACACGGCCGAGCUGCGGCGGCGGCGGCUGCAGAGGCUGGGGACCCCCCCCAGCGACCCCCCAAAAAAACACUGACUGGGACCCCCCCCAAAAAAACACUGACUGGGACCCCCCCCCCAAAAACUGAUCGGGACCCCCCCCAAAAUUGACCCCCCCCCUCCCCACUGACCAGGACCCCCCCCCCCCCAAAAACAGACUGGGACCCCAAAACUGACCAAGACCCUCCCCCACUGACCAGGACACCCCAAAACCAACCGGGGGGACUCCCCCCACUGACUGGGACCCUCCCAAAAACUGACCAGGACCACCCCCCACCUAAAUUGACCUGAGACCCCCCCUGGGAACCCCCCAAAAAUGACCAGGACCCCCAAAACUGACCAGGACACCCCCAGGAACCCCCCCCAAAACUGGCUGGGACCCCCCCAGACUGACCCAAGACCCCCCCAGUUCCCCCCUCCCCAUUUCCCCUUCCCCCAUUUCCCAUCCCCCACUCCAUUUCCCACUUUCUCACCCCUUCCCUUCCAUUUCUUUCCCAUUUUCCCCCAUUUUUUCCCCGAUUUUCCCCUUCCCACACAUUUUCUCACCCAUUUCCAUCCAGUUUUCCCCAUUUCCUCACUUUUUCCUCCACCAUUUCCAUCAUUUCAUCUUUUUUUUUCCAAUUUCCCCAUUUUUUUCCCAAUCCCUCUCCAUUUUUUCCCAAUUUCUCCCCAUUUUCAUCCCAUUUUUUCCCCAAUUUCUCCCCGUUUUCCCCCAAUUCUCCCUCUCCACUGAGCCAGGAUCAGGUCCCUGUUCUCCCCUGGGAUUUUGGGGUGUCCCCCCUCCCCAAAUCCACCCUGGGGGGGGGGGUUUGACCUCUGACCCCGCCCAGCCCAGGGAAUUUGGGUCUCCCCGAGGAUUUUGGGGUUCCCACUGGAAUUUUGGGAAUCCCUCCCCCUCAUUCCAUUAACAGUAUUAACCCCUCCCUCCCCGGGGACACCCCAAAUCCCCACCCCCCUUUCCCCCCAGUCCCAAACUGGUUUGUACUGGUUUCCCACAGCGGGGUUGCAGUUUUUGCGCCGCCUUUUGCCCGAUUUCCAGCGCUUUUGGCCCAAAUCCCGCCGGCUUUUGGCCGUCCCGGGGCGGCCCCGCCCCCAGUGCCUCUCGGAACCCCAAAUUCUCAGGGAAAAAACCAAAAAAAAAACCACAAAACCCGCGGCCGGGAGCGACGGGAAACGGCGCCUGGGGGGCCAAACGGGGCGGAGUUUUGGGGCAAAAAGGAGCCGAAUUGGGAUUUCUGGGUUUGAGGUGAUUUUUUUUUUUUCCUUUUCCCUUUAAUUUUUGGGCGCUUUUGGUCCCAGCUUGAGUGGGUUGAUGAGGAAUUUGGCAAUAACGAAGCGGCGCCGCUUUGGGGAGUUGAUUUUUAACCCUUCCGUGUUGUUUUUUUUUCACCCGUUUUGAGCCAAAAUCAUCGUUUCUUGGGGUCUGUUUUGAGAUUUUUUUUUUUUUUUGGGCGGAUUCCUCAAAAUCGCCUCGUUUUGGGGUGAAGCCGCGGGGAGGGGGAGGGGAGGGAUCGUUCCCCCCAAAAUCGCUCCUUCUCUCCCCCCGAAGCGGUGUCGGAAUUAUUUAAUUUGUAAAUAAUGUACAAAUUUUUACCAGCUCCGAUGUAAAUACGGCAAUAAAGGUUGCAGUAAAGUUCG